AUGUCCAAAAAAAUUGACGAAGAAUCACAUACUCGUCUCUCCGGCGAAAUCGCUGUCGAUUCUCUUCCCAUCACCUCCGUGCUUUCGGAACAGGGAAUUAACCCCGUUGUCGAUGGAAACUUGACUGUCGACGAGGCCGAACUCGUUGCCCUCGGUUACAAGCAAGAGUUCAAGCGUGAAUUUGGUCUCUGGUCAAGUUUUGCUGUUUCCUUUGCUCUCUUGGGUCUUUUGCCCUCUAUCGCUUCUACCCUCUACUAUGGUCUCGGUUAUGCAGGAACUGCCGGUAUGACUUGGGGUUGGAUUGUUGCCAUGAUUGGUAUUCAGUCCGUCGCCAUGUCGAUGGCUGAACUGUGUUCUUCCAUGCCUACUUCCGGUGGUCUUUAUUACGCUGCAGCUGUCCUUGCCCCUCAGGGAUGGGGCCCUAUUGCUGCCUGGAUCACUGGCUGGUCAAACUGGCUCUGUCAGGUGACCUCAUCUCCCUCUAUCGAUUACUCUAUGGCUUCCAUGAUUCUCGCCCUUCACGGAAUGCACAGCCCAGAUUAUGUUAUGGAAAACUGGCACGUUUAUCUCCUUACUCUUUUGAUUAUGAUUUCUCAGAGUGUCAUUUCUUCCAUGUCUACAAAAUUCCUCGCUCGCUUUAACUCUAUCGGUUCUACUCUUAACUCUAUCGCCCUCAUUAUUGCAUUUAUUGUUAUCUUGGCCGCCGACAAUAGAACCGACAAUGGCUAUCCGCGUUAUAAUAAGUCCUCUGAAGUAUGGGGUACCAUUACUAAUCAGACCGAUUGGCCUAAUGGUAUUGCUAUUUUGAUGUCUUUCAUCUCGGUUAUCUGGACUAUGUCUGGUUAUGAUUCUCCUUUCCAUUUGGCUGAAGAAUGUUCCAACGCUUCGGUUGCUUCUCCCCGUGCAAUCGUUAUGACUUCAGGUAUUGGUGGUGUUUUGGGCUGGGCUUUUCAAAUGGCAAUUGCAUAUACUGUAACUGACAUUUCGGUUAUUAUGAGUGCCGAUCAGCCAUUUGUUGAAUACCUCUCUCAAUGCCUUCCUCAACACCUUGUUGACCUUGUUGCUUCGUUGACCAUUAUUUCUGCAUUUUUCAUGGGACAAGCCUCUAUGAUUGCUGCUUCUCGUGUUGCUUACGCUUAUGCACGUGAUGGCUGUUUCCCAGCUUCAUUUCUUUUUGCUAAAGUUAACAAGUGGACAGAGACCCCCGUCAAUGCCGUUUGGCUUAACUCUGUCAUUGGCUGCUUGAUUCUCCUUCUUAUGUUUGGAGGUGGUGUUGUUAUUGAUGCUAUCUUCUCAGUUGGUGCUAUUGCUGCCUUUAUUGCUUUCAUCAUCCCCAUUUUUAUGAAGGUUGUUUUUGUUCGUGAUAACUUCAAGCCUGGCCCAUGGCAUCUUGGAAAGUUCUCUCGACCUAUCGGUUGUAUUUCUAUUGCAUUUGUUAUUCUUAUGGUGCCCAUCAUGUGCUUCCCUCAAUACCGUGGUGCCGACUUGGAUCCUGAAGGUAUGAAUUGGACUGUUCUUGUGUACUUUGGUCCUAUGCUUUUUGCUGUUUCAUGGUACUUGAUUUAUGCCCACAAGUUCUUCAAGGGUCCUAAGGUUAAUGUUAAUGACAUGAUCCACCAUGGCGACUCUCAGGACUCUGGGUCUGUUAUUGAUGGAAUUGACGUGGUGGCUACCCCCCAAGAUACAAUUACCAAGAAAUAA